AUGUCCUGGUUGCUGCUGAGUUUCUGGACGUGGUUUGUGCACCGGAGCGCGGGGCUUCUUUCGCUUGACUGGGCAGUGGAAGCAACGCCAUGCACGCCGGAGGAGAUUCUAAGAGCUUUGGGCUGCUUCCGGUGGGUGCGGCCCAACACGCCAAUCACAGCUCUUUGGUACAUGUGCGAGUACCCGAGCCCCGGAAGUCUCAAGCUUCACAACAUCAGUGCCACAGCAAAGCCUGCCACGACGAGUCUUUGCUGCAGAUGCUUUGCCAAGUUUGCCUUGAUCCAACGCCAGCUAGCACAGGAGUCUGCAAGACUGAAAGCCCGACUGAUGCUCCAGACUGACACUGUCCGAAAUCUUUCGGCAAAACUUCGCGUGCCCCUAAUCUUCCGAAGCCCAGCAAGAUAUGACGAUGUGCGGCAUGCUUCGAUACUGUUUAAGAGAAUCUUCGGCACUUUUCUGCGAGAUACAUGGUUCUUGUCCACUUCACUGUUGGCGCUUGUGGAGGAUGGUGGUGCAGACUCACCAUUCGACAUACGCACUCUUGAGGAUCUGGUUGCCGACACUUUGAUUCUUGUUCGCGACAAGGCAGACUCACUGCGGAAGCUGCUGCUGCAGACUGAGAACAGCUGUUUGCCCAACAUCUUCCACCAAACCUGCACGGCAGAUCACCUGGCAGUGUUCCACAGUUUUCCUCCUGUUGAAGGACCUGAACCCGAGGGCCAUGCCGUGGAUUUCUUAGGCAUUGCGACAAACAUCAGCACGGUGUGUGACGAUCAGAUGCCUGCCCUUCUGGCACCGACUAGGACUUUGGACUGCAUUUUUCGAAGAAUGGCACUGCCCAGCACCCGAUUCUGGCCAUUCCUUGACGAAGAAUAUUUCGAGUGGAAGGACAUCCUCGAAACAUCGCUUCGUGGAGCGCGUGAGGGUCGCAAUCUGCGCAUGGCCGAGAUUGGGUCCGGUCCUCACGCAAUUUGGGCCAUGCGUGCUGCGAAAGCCUUUUUGCAACACGCAGGGCCCGAAGUGGGGUGCGAACUUCUCCUUGUGGAGCCAUUCGACUUAGGAGAUGGAUCUCAACUUGGCGAACACAUUGCUCGGAACUUGCCGGAGAAUCGGUGCAAGUGGGUGGUGGAGACAGACCCGGUGGAAUCUGGCAAGCAACUGCAGGCAAUUCUGGGGUCUGGUGACCCUUGGGAUCUCGUUGACAUCGACGUACAGGGGGGAGAGCAUGCUAUGCUGCGGGGCAUGGCGCCUUGGCUUGUGGGCCGUGUGCGUCGUCUUCACAUCUCUACGCAUUCACGCCGGAUUCACAGCGACAUCCUUCGCUGGCUGCAGCUUGCCGGCUGGACGAUCCUUGCUCAGUUCACCUUCCUGUCUGCGGCCGGGCCCAAGGAAGUGCCACUGGGGCCCUUCGUGAACUGUGAUGGACACAUCAGCGCAGUGCACACUUCCACCGAGGAGAAAAAUCGGGAGUGCGGAGACGAUCGCACCCUCGAGCUGAUUGCUGAUCCGCAGAACUCGGGGUCUGUAUUUCAGGUGGCAUCCCUGUACAACUGUCUGCAGAUGCAGGAACCAGGAGAUUCCCCGGAGGACGGCGUAACUUGCUAUGCCGAGACUACGACUCAGGGUUCAGUUUGCGCAAUAGCCUGUCCGGCUGCCACUGUUUUCCGGAAUUACUUCCUGAAUGGGGUUGGGCAAGGGCGUGGUCAGCAGAUGGACCUGCUCACGCACGUCGGUGAUCUGGUUGGCAAUCGCAAAGAAGGAUACUGGAUCGUGAGGAAUGGCUUCAUGAUGCCCAGGCCUGGGGGAAAGCUCAUAGAUCUCGGUGAGAGGCUUGCCAGUGAUCAAAUUCUGGCAGAUGACGUGGCCAGUCGAGUUCGAGUAGGGGUUCACUGGGACACACAGGUGCUGCUUGACGACAUUUCUCACAACGUCUGUCAGGUGUGUUGCUCUGCGCCCGCGGUUGCGUUUUCCAAGAUUGUGAAGGCGCAGCAUUGGGCGCCAUUUGCCAUCAGUUUGCUGACUGGUGCCUAUGAUGCUACGCUGGCCGCAGGUGCAAUCCUGGCGGCACGGCGGCGGCAGCGCGUCAAAGUUUUUCUCACCGCAAUCGGAGCUGGAGCUCUAGGCAAUCGACCCAGCUGGAUCUACCAGGCUGUUGACAGAGUGUUGGAAGCGUAUAAGUCCGCUCCUUUGGACGUGUACUUGAUCCACUUUUCCCGAACAGACAAGUUUGAGAGGCUGCAGGGCAGCCGGCCAGAGCCGGUUCCACGGAAUCGAAGCUCGCUGGACGAUAGGGUUGCUGCUAUGCAGAAAGAGGUUGGAGAGGCAAACAUGCUGCACAAAACGCAGCGCUAUCCGAUGAUGGGCUCGCCGACCGCUGCACGUGACAACAUGAGCUUGAUGAUCGCCAAGGCUUUUGCAUAUUUUGACUCCAAUGGCGACGGGGUCAUCGACAUCGACGAAUGCACCUACAUCCUUAGAAGCCUGGAUCCGGCUUUCUUCACACAGGAGAAGGUGCGACAACUCGCGGCCCAGGCAGAUGCGGACUCCGAUGGUUACAUACACUAUGCCGAGUUCAUUGCGUGGAUCUUGGACUCAGACUCAGUGAUGACCUCGCACCUGUCUCAGCUCUUUAGGCAUUGCACAUGCCAGCAGUGGCCGGCCGGCCGGCUGUACAGUCUCAUUCCAGAGCCUGGAUACCUCGAGGUUGCAGAGAGCAUGCCCGACGGCAUCCUGCCAGAGUCACCUUUGAAGCUUGCCCGAGCCCAAGUGGUCUUGUUUCUGCUAAGCUGCAUAAUAGGCAUCGAGAGCUCGACCCGCGACCAGCGGCGAAUUGUCGCGGUGACCUCAGUGAAGGACAUCUUGCCACAGUUCAGCGACGACCAGGUGUGCGAUGCCCUCGUGCAGUCGAACGAGGACAUCAGCCGAGCGGUGGAGCUGCUCAUGAGUCAGCAGCCCACCUCUAAGCAGUCCAAAAAGAAAGAGAAGCACAAAAACAGAGAGGCUCGAGCGCAGGCCGAGGCCGUUGUGAUGGGCCGGGGCGUGGGGAGGCAGCCAACGAGCCCAGAGAAGAAAGGCCGAUUCGUCGGUGGAAUCUUAUCUGCUGCAGCCAAGCUGAGAAAGAAGCUGCGAGAGAUAGAACGAAUUGAGGAUAAGGUUGCGAGGGGCGAGAAAGUCGACCCCUUGCAACUACCCAAGCUUGACAAGAAGCGAGAGACCGAAGUAGAACUCCGCGCAGCAGAACACAAAAUCCUCCAAGAAGAGGAGGAGCGAAGACAGCAAGAGGAGCAGCUCAGGAAGCAGGAGGAGUGGGAGCGCCAUCGCGAAGCGCAAGAAGCAGAGCGACGGCGGCAGGAAGACGCCUACCAGCAUCAGGCUGCAGCAAGGAUUAUGCCCGAGCCAGUGAGGCAGCAUCCGUCGUGGUUAGUUUCCGGGGAAUCCGAGAUUGCCCAGCCGGCGUCCGAGCCCAACCAUGAUCGCCAGAACAUGCGGAACGAGCUCCUGAACAUGCUGCACAAAGCACCUCAGGAAAGCAAGGGCAUGGGCUUCACGCAGUCUGAGCAGACAGCGAACCACCUCGGUGGAGGCUCCUACACGAGGGGCCCGCCUCGGCCACAGCUUCCGGAGCACGCGUCACUUGCGAACGGGUUUGGCCGUGCCGAUGGUUCAGCACCAAGCAUGCCACAGGAUGUCAAUGUCAGUGCUCGCUGCCUCCCGCUCUUUAACCUGAGAAGCGAGACUGAAAGCAUUCCGUUCCUGGGAGCCGAGGCAUACCAGCGGCCCUACAGCCAGUACAACAGCUACGAGCACUAUGGCCAACAGUACGGCAGUCAACACUAUGGCAGUCAGCAGUACGGCCACCAGCAGUCGAGGUAUCAUGACUGGAAGCAAGAGGAUUGGCGGCAGCGUGGCUCUUGGAACAAGGAGGCCCCUCAAGAGAAGCCUCGACCAGAGCUUCCAGAAGAUGAAGCGCCGAAAGCAGACUGGGCGAACCUCUACUCCACGCAACUUGACAUUUCAAGCAUUCCGGCAGACAAGCGUGCGGAGGCUGAGAGGAUUGCCAAGGAGAUUGAGCAGAACUCCGGCGGAGGAGAUGGCUGGGAUCGCCCAGAUGCAGGCCCGGGCCGAGCGAACGGCAAGGGUCAGGGAGACUAUGGUUCGAAAAAUGGAAAGAGCCACGGUCAGGGCAAAAGCAAGAAGGGUAAGGGCAGCAAAGGGAAGGCCCCUUACUGGAGCAAGGAUGGGCCCGGCAGAUCCGAAUGGCAGCCCAAGCACGAAGAAUGGCAGCCGAAACACGAGGAUUGGCAGCCCAAGGCCGAAGAGUGGCCAAAGGGAGCAGACUGGGUGCCUCAGCUGCAAAAGUUGAAUUGGAUCAUCCUUUCUGUCCCAGUGGUCUUCUGCUCCGGUCGGAUCAACUUGCCGUGA